CCCACCCCCUUCCAGGUAACAACAGUGUUACCAGAGGUAAAGAUAAAAGUGCAAAGGCACUUAGUACAGUAUCCCCCCCCCCCUGUUCCUUCCAAUGUCACCUACCCACAUGUGAUAAAAUAUGCCCUAAGAAAUGUUUAAAUUCUCCAGUUUGAAUCUAUGUUAUGCUUCUGCCAGAAGUUACCAUGGAUUUGUAAAUUCCUAGAAAGGAUACAGCUCUAGGAAUUUUCUCCAGGAUGACUGCAAUAAGUUCUAUUAGAAUUUGCUAAUUUCAGUAGCCUUCACAAUUAUCCACUGUUUCCUGAUUCCACAAUAAGUUCAGGAACUUGUCUCCUGGGAAUACAGGGGUCACAGUAUAAUAGUAGACUUGGCUCUUCAGGGAUGAAUGCAGGCACAUCUACUAAGCAGAAAAGGGAAUUUCUUUUUGUACCUCUUCCCAGAUGUUUGACAGCAGCUGUCAGUAGCUAGGUUCUGUUGUCUUCAUGCUGACCUGUGAGUGAUAAAUACAGUUUCAAUUGAGUCUUAUAGAUAUCCUUGUACAGCCUCUCUGUAGCAGAGCUACUUGCAUCAUAUAAUUCUGUCUGUAUAGAAGGAAAGUGAAUCGUGAGAGCACUGACCAUUUGUCUCUGUGCUGCUUAAGCUCAUCUCAAAAAUGGUGAUAUUUUAAUUUGUUGAUAUGAUUGCCAUGUGUUAGCCGAAUUUGUUUGAGAGCCACCAUGGAUCCCUCACUGGAAAAUAGGUGGCAUAAAAAUAAAAGAAUUAUAUAUCAUUAACAGCACUGGAAUAACCCAGGUUCUUGAGCUUUAUAGUCAAGUUGAUUUAACAUACUGUUUCCUUUUUAAGUUACUGGAGUUCUAGAAGUGAUCUAACACAAGGCAUCUGGAUUUAGUUUCUCAUUUAGGUUGAGCAGUAGAUCCCUUGGAGGAUAAAACCCACAAUGGAUCGAAGCAUUGACCUGGACUUUCUCCAUGACAUUCUUGGAAGAACUCUGAAACUCACACUGAAACACAGCACAUUCCAAGGGGUUUUGCAACAUUUGGAUUCCAGCCAAAGUGUCUUUCUAAAUAAAGUUACAAACUUGGAAAGUGGUAGAUAUGUACCAGGAGUCAAGAUGUUUUUUGGCCAUGAAAUUAUUAAUGUGGAGUUACUUGAUGACCUAGAACAACAUGCAGGAGAAAAAAAAACAACUGCCACUAAGUGUGGAGAAGUUGCAGCUACCAAAAUACCUACAUCAGACAAAGGAGAACCAUUGAAGCCAAGCAUUCAGGAUGUUGAAGCUCAUUUCCAAGAGAUGCAGGAGCUCAGGCUGAGUACCUCCAAAUAUAACUUUGCAGGAGAUAAGAGGGAGAAAAUAGAAUAUGUUGUUGUUGAUCAAUUCCAGAAGAAAUUUGGCUAUGCAAUGGUGCACAUCAAAAAGCAAGCUGUAUGCAGUAUAGCAGCCGAGGGUGUCAAUUUGUGCCGUUAUGGAAAACUGUCUUGGUUUCAAGUAGCAACAAAAAGCCGGGUUUUCUUAUUUGACGUUUUCCUUCUGGGACCUCGAGUGUUCAAGAAUGGACUUCAAAUUAUAUUGGAAGAUCAGCAUAUUUUGAAAGUUAUUCAUGACUGCAGGUGGCUUUCAGAUUGUCUUUCUCACCAGUAUGGCAUAGAACUCACUAAUGUCUUUGAUACACAGGUCGCUGAUGUUUUGCAGUUCUCAGUGGAAACGGGAGGAUUUCUUCCACGUCGCAUCAGAAAUUUGCAAGAGUGCCUAAUAGAAUACUUGGGGAUGUCAAGAAAGGAUGUCUCUUUCAUGGAUGUAAGGCAGCAUGAAAUUGAGAGAAAUGCUGAGGUAUGGUUUAUGAGACCCCUUUCACCUGCCCUGCUGAAUGUGUUAGCUCUGGAAACAGUGUACCUCCUCCCUCUUCGUCUGAUGCUGCUUGAUGAAAUUAUGUCUGAUUUAACAACUUUGGUAGAUGGAUACCUUAAUGCAUUUCGGAAGGGAUCUGCAGACCUUUUGGGAAGUAGAAAGAUUUCCUGUAUGGAGCUACCACGAGAGCUAAGACAAUUGGAAGAUUUUCACAAAAAUCGGAGAGAGAAUGCACUGCGAAAAUUCCAAGUGAACGAGGACGGUCUUCUUAUCAGAAAACAAAUAGCGCCUUUGCGAGGAAAGAGAGCACAAAAAGAUGGAAAUGAAAAAAAUGGCACUAAAUUAACCCCUUCCAAUAAGAUAGCAUCGCCCAAAGCAUACAAUGCCAAUUGUCUUCAUCCAGUUGGUCAUGAAAAUGCUAAAAUAAUAGAGCAGAGGGUAUCUCACUGUGAUAAUCAAGGGGAAACAGUUAGUGGAGAUAUAGAAGAUGCUUGGAGACAAGAGGCCCAACUUGUACAUCUACAACCUUCAAACCACGAACCACAAACAAAGGUUGCUGGGACUUUGGAAGAGGAAAUCAGGCAAUUAUUGACACAGUAGAAACUCGAGCUACUGCGGUUUUUGACCUAUACACCCAAGAAAUAAUGAUUCUCCUCAGUUGUCAGUUCAUUGUCUUGCCUUCUAUAAAGUCAUAUUGCCAAACCUUGAGUAACAACACACCUUUCCUUUCAAGCAGACAGGGGCCCCUUCCACGUAGCUGAAUAAAAUCCCACAUUUUCUGCUUUGAACUGGAAUAUAUGGCAGUGUGGACUCAGAUAACCCAGUUCAAAUCAGAUAUUGCAGGAUUUUCUGCCUUGAUAUUUUGGGGGCCUUUCAACACAGUUAAAUAAAACCCCACAUUUUCUCUUUGAACUGGAAUAUAUGAUAGUGUGGAAUCAGCCCAGUUCAAAUCAGAUAUUGUGGGAUUUUCUGCCUUGAUAUUCUGAGUUAUAUGGCUGUGUGGAAGAGCCCAGGAUCCCGUAAGUCCUAAAAGGGAAGAAAGUGCAAUUAGCUUUACUUUGUCUCAUGGAGACAUCUGCUGUCAAUUAAUUUCAAAUUUUGGAGAAAAAUAAGAAUUACAGUUGAUCUUCCACAUUUGCAGGUUUGACUUUUGCAGAUUUGAUUAUUUGCAGAUAUGGGAAUCUCUAGCUCCUACAGUGCAACCCUUUAGUCAACUUCUGCCAGAAGUUUGUAAUAGAAUCAAGUUGGUAGACCUAGAAAUUCCUAGACAGAACACCUCGAGGAAUCUCUAGGUCCUCCAGCAUAAUCCUCACUAGAGAUGUUGGCCAUAAAGUUGUGCCAGGGGACCUAUAGAUUCCUAGAGGUGUUCUGUCAGAUAAAACUAGAAAGCAAUAUUUUUAAUUUGCAGUUUUUCACUUUUGUAGUGUUCCUAUGCCCCUAACCCCAAUGCAGGUGUUAUCAAGUGAAAACACAGGAUGUUUAUUAAAUGAGUUGUUCUUUCCAAGUGCUUAAGUCUAAAGUUCAUACACAUUCUGAGACAUUUCUGGUUUCCUAACCCUUGUUUAAGUUGGACCUGUUUUUUGUACAAUACUGGGUGAUUCUUACAUAUAAUUAAAUUAUAUUUAUUUGUUUUCUUCCUACACAGGACUUGCAGCAAGUCCUUUAGAAGACUCUUUGUGUCUAUUAUGUUUUUUAGUUUAACCCUUGGUUUUGAUGUUUAUAAGUUAUAUUGAAUUUAUUUUAUUUUAUGUUUUGCCUUGAUUGUUUGUUUUUGAGCAUUGAAUGUUUGCCAUUUUUGUUAUUUUUUGUAAACUGCCCUGAGUCCCUUCGGGGAGAGAGGGUGGGUUAUAAAUUAAGUAUUAUUAUUAUUAUUAUUAUUAUUAUUAUUAAGAAGAGGAAGAGGAGGAGGAGGAAGCUUCUUUCACUGCUGUUGACUGUGCUGACUAGGGCUGAUGGGAAUGGGAAGUCUACUCUGGGUUCCUCACCGGUGCCAUAGAGAAAUAUAGAAACAUUUUAUUGUACAAGAAAUAUUCCUUGAGAGCAUCAUUAUUUGCACUUCAUUCCUUUAAAAUACUGUGAACAGCAAUUUGCUAUUUCUAGUAAAACAAUCUAGUAAAAUAAAACCAUUCAUUUGUCACUGUGAACAUUGAUCAAAGUAUAUAAUGCUUUGUAUUACCAGUGUAAUUUGAUUAUAUUAUAUGCAAUGUCAGUUAAUAUUGAGUGAAGUAUUCACAUUUCAGAAAGUUUUUUUUUGUCUGUAAAAUGAAGUAAGAUGGAAGGUCUUCAGAUAAGCAGCAUGAGUAUACUAUCUAAACAAGGCCAAAUAUGAAGUGAUUUGAGCAAAUGAUUCCUAAAAUGCAGUAUUGUGCAUGUCACAGAUAAAUAUGUUACACUGUGUUUUUGUUUGUCAGUACUUUCCAUCCACAAAGCAGUGGCAAAGUUUUAUGUUUAAAAUAAAAGUCUUGAUUGUUA